AUUGAUUUCUUUCUGUUGAAGAUUACAAGAAAUAGGAUCUUGCGUACCGGCCUUCACAGAAACAUACAUUAUGACGGUGGCCUUCAUGGCGUGUCGCGGAAAAGUUAUAACUUAUGCGUCAAAACAGCUGAAGAGUUCGUAACUACGAAGAUAUUUUACACCAACAUGCCACAAAAAAUGGAAGGACGACGAAAUCUCCUUCACUGAGAAGAAGUUUGAUCCGAACACAUCUAGAUUGGUCAGUUUUAAACGGAGGCAACCCAUAGUUACGUUGUUGAGUAACUGCUAUUCUACAAAAACAAACUCAUAUAUCCAAAAGUGGCUCCGAAAAGAGAUCUGAUAAUUAUUUGAUCGAGCGUGAAACUCGGUCGUGGCUGUACCUUCUAACUUGCCUCUCGGGAGCAACACUGACCGGAAAAUAGACUGCGAUAUUUACUUCAGCGUGAUCUAGCAGAACAAGACGUGCUAAACUGAUGCAAUGACAAGAGACAAAACAGUUAUUAUAUCUUUCACCUCAUUUAAAGAGUGUCUUGUAGAGUUAAGGGGUUACGCAAGAAUCUCGUUAACAGCAGAUUAAUAGCAAUUGUAUACGUCGAGAAACUUUGGCAACAAUCACGUUUCUUAGAAAUAGUUUGCUAUAUAAUUUUAAGUGUUCCUCCCAGUGAAAAAAACAACCGACGACCUGAGGCUAGCAUUGGGUACUUGACCAAACUCACAGCUCAGCCAUAUUGUUGAGUGGUAGCACAGUCUGUUUUAAUUAACAAUCGUCUACCUCUGAUUAAGCAAGCAACGUUCGCUAUUCUACUAUUUCCAAGGGCGUUAUCGAAGUUGGACGGAACCAGUGAUCACAGAUGUAAUUAAGCCUCACGCAUAAAAGAAGUCGGCCUUAUUGUAAGUUAUGGCGUUGAUACAGUUGAUAUAGUCAUCGUUAUAGCGUACUAGUAGUUGGUCACCCGCUAACUUUCGUCUGCAUAACACUGUCAAGCGGCCAAGGAGUUUUUUCUCGGACAUUCCUUUUACUGCAGCUACGCAAACCACCCGGUAAGGAAAAGGGGUGCUUGUCAAUCAGCAAUUCGUAGCCGGUUAGAAAAGUGAAGAAUGGAUUGCUCUUUUAGCGGGAGAGCUCUUCAAAAUCUUGUCUGAGCUUUUACAAGAGAUGUCAGAGCUUAAGGAAGAAGAAAUAGACCCCUGUCAUUCAGACGCAAAACUGACAGACAGCAACCAGUCAUCAUUACGGACAGUUUUAGUCCGCUCAGUUCGCAUCGAGAAGCCCGCAGCUAAAAAGAGUAAACGAGUGCGGUUCAACAGCUUGGUGGAAGUAAAAUUUAUUCCUAAAUGCAAGAGUGAAAAAAAGAAAAAGAGAAAAUCUCAAGUAGAUUAUAAAGAAAAGACGGAGCCGUUGGAAGUUACCACAAAGAAAACAUACCAUAGAAUCCAGGCUCGUAGAAAAGAUAUUAAUGUUAAGGGUGAAUUAAACCUUCACGCGCAAAGGGUUCCCACGACAACGGAAACUUCUCAUGAGACUGAAGUAGGGGAUUCGUGCACUGGAAAAGGUCCUGAGAGUUGCGAGAUCGGAUUAAAUCUGGACAAGAACCGAAGUACUGCGAAGGCGAAGAGUAUGUUAAACCGGCAAACCGUACACAAGAAGACAGGGACUGAUAAAGACUCAACUCGGCUGAAUGGAUGUGCUCUUAAAUCGCGAGUGACAGUUCGUAAGAGUUACGUAACGAAUAAAGUAACCCUCGUCGGAGAUUAUAACGGGAAAGCCUUACGAUUAUGUCCAUCGACUUUUACAGUCGCACCUGACCUUCAAGUUAGCGAGUUUUCGGCAUUGAACACCAAGAGAAAGAAUGUCCAAGAAUUUGGUUACGAUAGAGCGCUUUGGCGGUUGGAAAAACAAGCUGCAAAGUUUUGCGAGGAAGCUAAAGUACUGAUUGCUAAGGUGACAGAAAAUACCGCUGACAUGCAAUCACAUUUGAAAGUCCAGCCAGAUACUACCCACCUAGCUGGAAAUUACAGACAAAUCUUUCCAACGGAACACAUCAAGGAGGGUUUUACAAAAUCAGAAAAUGUCAAAGAUCCUUCUUCGUUCGGAAAAACCGCCAGUCGAGAUGUAUUUAGUACAACCAGGUUUCCGCACAUUACGCACAAGAAACAGCAGAGCAUUGUGGGGCCGCGCCAGAAGUCGUCUUCUGAACUCUACUUGCCGCAGCUCCUGUUUUAUGACGGGAUUAAAACGAGGAGUCCAGUUGGUGCAACGGAUGAUUCCAGGGGAACUGGCACUGUUAAUAAGGAAGCACCUGGUAAAUUUGAGCUAAUACCUGGCCCGGAAGAGGCCAGAAACGGGAAAAUUGUGAUCAGCUAUUCGUAUGGAGCCACAAAAAAGCUAGGAUGUUGAUAAGAAGAAAUCGACUUAUGUGUUGCCAACUCAGCGGUCAAUCAUCGAGCAUGCGCAAUGGGAUUGAUUCUGGCCAGCCUAGCACCAUUUACCGCGAAAAAUUUCAAAGAAAACAUAACAAGUAACCGCUAGCUCGCAAAAUAAGCAAGAAAAGAAAAUUGAAACGUUCAAAAGUAGGGAAAAUGAAAACUCAGACUUGAGACAAGGCUUAUACAAGUACCGGUAUCCUGUUGAUUUACCAUUCUGCUUUGAGCUUCAUGAAAAAGUUACGUUUUUAAAACACCGAGAGUUACGGACUUGUGUUAUUGUUUAUAGCUCGUGUGACAGCACGCCAGCUAGUCAUUACAAAAUUCGCACAUGCGCAAACUUUUGACCGCUGUGUUAGUGUUACCUGAUAUUGGAACAACGCAUGCGCAUAAAAAAGUUAGGACUGGAAAUUACGAGUCAAACUGUUUUUUAUUUUUUUUCUUAAUUAAGCGUCGGUCGGCUUUACUGGUCGAAAAUGAAAAAAAAAAAAUUCAUGAUCGAGUUUAUUUUUUAAAAAACUUUGACUUAAGUGUUGAUAAGCGAACCGAUCCAACAACUUACUUUGAUAAGUGCACGAUGUUAGAGUUGUCGGGGUUACAAAGAGAAAAUUAACUAUUCCCUUCGAAGACUUUACAUCUAGUUUGUGAUAACAGUAGCUAGUAUGUUUUCCAAGGUGACUCAGUUUCGUUGAACAAUUUUAUAGUUGCUGUUAUAUAUUUUUAUCAAGAAGGAAAUAUGAGUGUCAUAAGAGAAAGCAAAUGAGUGAAAAAAAAAAAAGCUGAAGUAUUUUGAGCGUUCUGUUUUUCAGCUUUUAACCUCAACGCGGACCCUUUUAGUAAUCCCUCAUCUGUGAUAAUGUUUAUAUUUUUGCUAUAUUGUACACGAGUUACGUAGUGUUUUUCCGGCAUAAGAAAGUGGCAACAUCAAGAGUGUCGGUGCUGUAAUGUAGGCUUCAAUAUCGCCGGAGCUGGAAAAAAAAAAACAGAACAAAACAAAAAAAGCAAAAAAAAAGAAAAACGCCAAGUGGAAGAUAAACAUGAAGGUGAAGAGUGAAGAUAGAUCUGCAAUCUUCUCUUAACAACAAUCGAACAUAUUGACUGCAGAUCUAGAGAUUUGAAAUAGCGUCAGCCGUCUCGCUCUUUGCUUGCUCUUGUAGAGAAGCUCCUUGUCGGGAA